AUGUUAAAACAAGACAAGAGGAAUCCGUUAGAUUUUAGACUUAUGAGACUAUGGUGGAAAAAAACUUCAAUUGAAGCUCAGUUUCGUAUUUCCAACAAAAGAAAUAACUAUGUUAGCAUGUCAGGAACCUACAAACGAGACGAAGGGAGAAACCCAUUAAUGAAAACAGAGUGGACCAAGAUAGUGGAGAAUCUACUCCCCGGCACUCGGCAGUCACCUUAUACGGGUAUCGGGAAACUUUGA